AUGGCGGGAAAGUCUCAUAUCCCACGUUUAACAUUGAUCCGCACUGGAUCCAAGUUGUCUACAUAUUCAAUGGCCAUUAUGGAUGGGAAACGGAGUCGGAUCACAAAAGAGGAUCUCUGUGAUCAUGCGUGGGAAUAUCGUUUCACUAUAGCAGCACCUGAUUACUGGAGGAACCUUGAUCCAUCAUGGAAGCACACUGAUCCACCUAUGCGACGUUACUUCCACCCUGACGGCUACCACAGCGCAGACGCUCAUGACGCCGUGUGGGGUGGCCAUGAGUGCACCUACAUGGUCAUAACGAGCUUUGUUGAUGAUGGCCAGAUCAGGGAACACUACGUGAGGAUCAACCGGUGGCCACCAAUGAAGGUGUCGAGCAAGGACGACUGGAGCUGGGAGCUAUCGAACCACCUCUACCGCUAUAACAGCAUACCUGAUUCCGACAAGAAAGGAUGCACUGGUCCUCUGUUCCCAGUUUGGUGA